GUGUUGGAACUCCGGGCCUCUCGUCCUUCGACGAGGCUGACCGCGCUCUCCUAGAGCGUCUCGCCGACUACGAUGAGGAAUCCUGCCAGGGCCUGGAGCCACCGCUGCCGCCCUCGGCCCUCCCCAAGGUCUGCCAGCUUCUUUACCUUCGCCACGAGGUGACCGUGACUCCGCUGACGCGGCUCUUCUUCAACUUGUCGCUGCAUCCAGCAACCCGACAGUUCACCUUGGGACAGUUCCUGGUUCUCCUAGUCAAGGAGCCACAGGCCGUCGGAUGCAGCGAGACAUCACUUCCACCGGCGCACCUUUACGAAGGACUUGAGAAUGGCCCAAUCUCCAACGCCACAGAGGUGAAGGCAGUGGGAGCCCAGCGGGUCCUCCAGAUCUUGGCCUACCUGCUCAGACGAAUCCCUCAGUGCGGUGAGUUCUUUGCCAAGCCUUUGCAGAAGGAGCCGUGGUUGGAGGGUGAGGCCCCACUUGUCACUGGCGGCCAGCUUUCAAGCCUCAUUGGGCAUCACUCAGUCAAUGUCCUACUCCGCCUGUUGACGACCAAGUUGUUCCUCGCCUCCUCACGGCAUGCAGCAUGGCUUCUUGCCAUCCUCCAUUCGCUGCUGGUACCCGUCAAGGGAAAGAAGGACGACAAGUCUGCAGAAGCGUCAGGAGGACAGGAUGAGGCAACUCCCGAGGUGCCCGGCGAGGAGGAAGACAAGGAUGGGAAGACCAAGAAAGAUCCGCCGGCAGAGCAGCAGAGCUUGGAGCGUUGGACGCUGAUCAACAAGAGCAUGCACGCCGUGCUGUCCCAAGAGAGUGUCCUGGCACUGUGCCACUUCCUCUGCCAAGCGGGAAGCGGCCACGGAUCUACCGGAGAGGCAGACACCUUCCAAAUGGCGGGUGAGAUUCUGGUGGCUCUCGCUGCCUCGCAGGAGCACCUCACCAUGGUGCGGGCAGACCUCAUGCGGGUCUUGGCCGACCUGGUCACCAACAUCGAAGCAGAUUUGGCCAAGUGCGAACCUGGCUCGACGGAUCCUUCCACCAUGGAGACGCGACUGCUGCGCCUUGUGCGCACCCUCGCCGAGGUCUUCAAGGAGGCCGCGAAAGCCAGUGCGGAUCAGGAGCUUAAGAUCGAGGACUUCCUCGGGGAAGCUCGCUUGGAGGACCUUUGGACGUCGCUGGAUCAGACCUUGGACCGGCUCCACGACACAGAGGUGUUUGCGACGCCAGCGCAGCGCAUCCUCUCCACUGGGGUUGCACCUUCCCAGCUGCGGAUUGAAAGCUCCACCGGAUCCAGCAUGAGUGGAACUUUGGCAUCGAAUGUGCAGACAACUCCUCCGAAGCCGCUGCUCAACAGGCUGCUGCCAUUGAUCGAGGCAUUCUUCGUGCUUCACAACGGCUCCAAAGAAGCAGACCUCGAAGCAAAAGAGAAGGACAAGAAGAAGGCCCACGAACAGGAGGGUGGCUCAUCCUCCAGCUGUCCUGGGAAGCAGGUCUUUGCCGACCUUACUGAGGUGACUUUGGUGGAGAGGAGUCGAUUUGGCCAGUUCUGCAAGCAGCAUCGGCGGCCGCUGAACGCAUUGAUCAAGCAGACUCCCUCACUCUUGAGCAAGUCCUUCUCGCCUGUGUUGAAGCACAUGCCGCACUGCCUGGACUUUGACAACAAGCGGGCUUACUUCCGAUCUCAGCUGAGGUCCAGGCGGAUGGAGAGCCGCUAUGAGACUAUUCGCCUUCGCGUGAGGCGGUCUGAGAUCUUCAUGGAUUCUUACCACCAGCUGAGGAACAGGACCGGUGAAGAAAUGCGUGCGAAGAUCCAGGUGCAAUUCCAGGGCGAGGAAGGAAUCGAUGCUGGCGGCGUUGGAAAGGAGUGGUAUGGGGCCCUUGCCAAAGAGAUUUUCAAUCCCAACUAUGCACUUUUUGUCCAAGCUGGCGGCAAAGCCUGCACUUACCACCCGAACCCGAUGUCCUAUGUGACGAGAGAUCAUCUAGACUUCUUCCACUUCAUUGGACGGGUGAUUGGCAAAGCGAUCCAUGAUGCUCAGAACUUGGAGGCCUGGUUUACUCGGGGCUUCUACAAGCACAUGCUGGGCAAGAAGGUCAUCGCUGCAGAUCUAGAAGCUUUCGAUCCGGAAUAUUUCUCCAAUCUGAAGUGGAUGUUGGAGCAUGACAUCACCGACAUCAUAGAGCUCUACUUCUGUGCAGAAAGUGAUGACUUUGGUCAGAUCAAGGUGGUCGACUUGAAGCCGAAUGGUCGCAGCAUUCCUGUGACCAACGAAAACAAGUACGAGUACAUCCAGCUCAUGUCAGAGCACAAGAUGACGAACUCUGUCCGGCAGCAGAUUGACGCUUUCUUGAAGGGCCUGCACGAGAUCGUGCCACCCGAGCUGCUGUCGCUGUUUGACGACAAGGAGCUGGAACUGCUCAUCUCGGGACUGCCGGACAUCGACAUUGAGGAUCUCAAGGCCAAUACGGAAUACCACAACUACACGGCCCAGUCGGACCAGAUCCAGUGGUUUUGGAAGGUUCUCAGCGAAUUCAGUCAAGAGCAACGGGCAUGGUUCCUUCAGUUCGCGACUGGAACCUCUCGUGUGCCUGUGGAAGGGUUCAAGGGUCUUGUCGGAAUGCGUGGACCACAGAAGUUCUGCAUCCACCGAGCCUACGGUCCUGAUCGAUUGCCUUCUGCCCAUACGUGCUUCAAUCAGCUCGACCUGCCCGACUAUCCCUCGGAAGAAGUCCUCCGAGACAAGCUGCUCCAGGCCCUCAGCUGUCUCUCAGCGCUUUGGGAUAGCUCUUGCGACCCCCGACUCUUCGAAAGCUGA